AUGGCGAAGUCCAAAGCCGCUAAGCGCAAGCGCAAUGCGCAGGUUGACCUUCCGCAAAAGCUUCCGAAGGCCGAUUCUACCCUCACCCCGCCUCCCGAUGGCACCACUCUUGAACCAAAACAUCUUAACACGGUUGUCCUGGAGGAGGACCUCGAAAUCACAAUUGAAACUCUCGCCACCCUCACACAAUUUCCCAACCUUACAAAGUCGAAAGCAUGCAAGGACCUGCGAAGCGCAGUCUACGAUUUUCGCCAGGCAUGCACGACGGGUGUCAAUUCUGCUGAAGGCGCAAACUUGACAGCACGAAUCACGGGCGCUUUGACCGACAAGAAAUUCCUCGAUGCUAAGAUCUUGCUCGCCGAAAUGAGGAUCCGGGGUGAGCAGCCCAAGAUCGGAGCCUUGUGCCGUUGGGUUCGUGAUUUGGAUGUUGUGAGCGGCCUUUCAACAAAGCCCGGCGCAAAUCAGAUUCCGGUGCGCAGCUCAGAGGACUUGGAUCUUCUUGGUGUCCUCGAUGCCAUCCUUCGGGUUAGCACACCGAUUGACAGCUCAAAGGCUGUUGACUCACCUGGCCCCAUUGCCUUCCAAUCUAUCUGGGAUCUGCGUCCUUCUUCGGAACCCCUCCAAAUAUAUGCCUCUGUUCUCGACAAAUCGAUCCUGCAACACGCACCAAAAUCCCCUUCCGCGCUCCGUGUCAUUGAAACAACUCCCGGUCCCAUGCGAAAGCCUCCCAACCACCACCCCGCUCUUUUGUAUACUACCACUCCGAAUGCCGUCCCUCUCGACACAGUCGCUCCAUCUAUAACAUACCACCCCCACCCCGCCGUUCCAGGUCUCGGCAUGGCCAUGAAUGUACUGUCUCCCGCAGAGUGCAAGGCCAUCAUCGCCGCUGGUGAAUCCGUCAACUUCGUCCCUGACGUACCCCUCCGCGAAGACGGCGAUAUGAGUGUUUUGGCACACAACUUCUACUGGGUCAUCGACACCACGUUCCACGAUAUACUCUGGUCUCGAAUUUCUCCAUAUGUCCCGCAGUCCAUUAACGGUCGUCUUGUUCGUGGUGUCAACCGACGCUUCCGCGUGUAUAGAUACGUCCCUGGGGCCGAGUACCGAUGCCAUAUUGAUGGUGCUUGGCCGCCAUCCGGCAUCCUACCCGAUGACACUUACGUAUACGAUUCCUCACCCGAGGAUAACAGGCAGAGCUCCAUGUAUACAUUCUUGUUGUAUCUGAACGAUGAAUUCGAGGGCGGAGAGACGACUUUCUUUAUGCCUGCUGCGCGCGAAGGCACGCUGAAUGCCUACCCUGUGCGGCCGGUGAUGGGAUCUGUUGCAAUCUUCCCCCAUGGAGAAGCCAAUGGGGCGUUGCUACAUGAGGGGACUGGUGUAAGGAAGGGAGCGAAGUAUAUCAUCCGAACUGACGUAGAGUAUGAUGUAAAGCCACAGGAGUAA